AUUACGUCACACGUAGAGCAGGGAGAAAAUGGCGUCCGCCGGGGGAGAGCCUUCCACUCCGAGUGUGUCGGAUGAAUUAUUUCAGAAUUUCUACACGGAGGUGAAGCAGAUUGAGAAAAGAGACUCUGUGUUGACCUCCAAGCAGCAGAUUGAAAGAUUGCUCAGACCUGGUUCAUCAUAUUUCAAUCUCAACCCUUUUGAGGUGCUGCAGAUUGAUCCAGAAGCAACAGAUGAUGAACUGAAAAAAAGAUUCCGGGCGUUGUCCAUCUUGGUCCAUCCAGACAAAAAUCAGGAUGACCCAGACAGAGCACAGAAAGCCUUCGAAGCGGUGGACAAAGCAUACAAACUCCUCCUGGACCCAGAGCAGAAAAAGAGAGCUUUAGAUGUAAUCCACGCAGGGAAGGAAUAUGUGGAGCAUAAUGUAAAAGAGAAAAAGAAGCAGCUGAAAAAGGAGGGGAAAUUACAGGAUGUAGAGGAAGACGAUCCCGAAAUGUUCAGACAGGCUGUUUACAAACAGACCAUGAAGCUGUUCGCAGAGCUUGAAAUCAAGAGGAAGGAAAGGGAAGCAAAGGACAUGCACGAAAGGAAAAGGGCCCGAGAGGAGGAAAUCGAGGCAGCAGAGAAAGCAAAGCGAGAGAGAGAAUGGCAGAAAAACUUUGAGGAAACCAGAGAUGGACGCGUGGACAGUUGGAGGAACUUCCAGGCCAAGGGCAAAACUAAAGAGAAGAAGAACAGGUCCUUCCUCAAACCCCCGAAAGUCAAGAUGGAGCAGAGGGAAUGAUGCUGCAAAGUUGGGACUUUAUUAGCUUAAAAUUCACUGUUGUGCGUCCCCCCCCCCCCCCCCCCCCCCCCCUCCCCUCCCCUCCUCGAUGUCAGCAGUCAGCUGUUUAAUCGUCAUUGCACAGUCAUCGGGAUCCUGGUUGUGUCACAACACCUUCGCCCUGACAAAACGUAGUUUUGUACUUGGUUUUCUAAUGUACAUAUCCGAGAGAGAGAGCCUACCUGCCUCAAGUGAGGAACACAACUGAUGCAUCUUCCACUUGUAAGUGAUGAGGAAUGUGUGUUUGUCCGUUUUUUUUUUUCUUUUUUUUUUAAAUAAAGCUUGGUCUUAACAUGCCUACUUGUUCUACGAAGCUGAGAGGAAGGAAGGUGACGAUGUGUUGGAGGAGUUAUAUGUGAUUGUGGAUCGCUCCUCCGUGACAGUAUUUCUGAACGGGCUCUCAGAAAUGUUCAUCUGUCUCAAGUCGACAUAAAAAUGUAUUUAGUUUUGAUACCCCUGGUCUGCAUGUCAAAAAUGUAUUUGUUAAAAUACUGUAAAUAAAAACGACAAACA